AUGGCUGCUGCAGCUUGGUGCUUGGCCACAGCUGGACAUGGGUCAAUGGCAGUCGAAAUCGUCAAGGGCCAGGGCAGAACCAAUGCGACUAAGUACCUGUUGAAGAUGCUUGUACGAAUGUACUAUAACCGCUGGGUCUCAGCCCCCAAGAGGCUCCGGCCCGGCCGUAUUCAAUGGCCGGGUCAAUCAAUUGAGCAAGAUCGCCGCCUCGAUCGCAAACGGACCACCAAAAGCAGCAAUCCCAUCCACCUGGUUCGCAGUGCCAAAACAGCGCAUCACAUCGCAUCAGGCCCAACAGCCAACCUCCCACCUCCGUGGCUUUGCUGCGACUCCAGCCCACGGCCUCUAGCAGCCUCUAGCGGCCCUUAG